AAUUAAUUUCAUUUAAUUGUAUAGUAACAUUUAGGGAAAAAGUAUAAAAAUUAAGAGGGAUAAUUGGCCUAAUUUAUAACAAUAAUCCGAGAUCUAGGCUUUUUGGAGCGCCUUUUGUUGUCUUUUUUAUACAACAACAAAGAAAAACAUAUAAACAUAUAAUUAGUAGCCGUUAGCGCCGUCUCCAUUCAAAUUCAAACCCCACCCUUCUUUUUAUUCUCUCACUUUUUUUUAAUUCAUCUCACACAUAAAUAAUACAACACCAACACAAAUUCCAAUCCUCAAAACAACAAAAGAAAUGCAGAACCUCCAAUCUCCAGUCACCGGAGACAACACAACUCACCGGCCAAAAUCCGGCCGUAAACCUCUUCAGCCCAAGAACUCACUAACAGAGAUUCAAAUCCUAAAGCCAAAGCCAACACAAGAUCAUAACAUCUUAUCAGCUAAUGAAUCCAACAAGGAGAAUCAUCAAAUCCUCUACCGUGAACCAACGAAGACGACUACGCCGGUGAAGAUUAUCGGUGAGCCUUUAGUGUUGGAUGCAUCGCUGGCUGAAGAACUGAGCGCGAUGAGGAAGAAGGUGGACAGAUUGAAAGUUGAGAAGGAGAAGACUGAGAAAUUGUUGAAUGAGAGGAGAAACUUUUUGGAGUUGAAAAUGAAGGAGAUGGAGGAUAGAUGUGAGAUUCAGAAAAAGUUUGAGAUUGAAGUUGAUAGGCUCUUCCGAUUAAAGGAACUUCACUCCUCUUGUUCCAUGAGAAUUUCUCCGAUUCGAUCACUGCGAGAGAAAGAACAAGAGAAGAAGACCGCUCAAGUUCAUUGGCAGGGGAUGAAAGACGAGGAGGAUACAGAGGAUUUGGUGAUAGGAGGAGCUGGAUUACACAGCCCGUGUUUGAGUUUGAGUUCGAGUUCUGGUUCAAAUUCGAUUUCUUCACACCUUGUGGCUGUGAAAUAAUGUUCCAUGAUUUGUUUGAUUUUUUUUUUCCCGUUCUUUUCCGCCAUAUCUACAGUAUUCCAUUGUAGAAUUGGGGAAAGCAGUACAAUAUCAUAAUUCUAAAAUGGCUGCUGCAAAUACUAUGCAAUUUAAAUAUACAUUAUUAGGAUUGCUUCUGGUA